AAUGUGUUUGGUAUAUUCGCGAAUUCUACAAGAAUGUAUAAAUAAGUUUUAAGUUAUUAAGAAGUGUUUUCAUCAGAAAAUCCAGAACUAAUCAAAUAUUUGUCAAAUAUGUACUGAUGGCCAAGAGGAAAGUCUGACGAACUUACCAUAGAGAAUUCGUGACGGAAUGGAUUUAUAUUUCCAACUAAAAUGGGACGAAAUACUGAAAGUUUAUUCCAAUGGCAAGAACUAGCUCUCAAUCUCGAUAAGAAUGAAACAUAUAUUGAACUAAUGCUUUGUUAAAAGUUCUAAAACAGAGAUUUAUUUUCACAUUUUGAAAUUUUAGUAAAAUUAAUUCGUGCAUCAGAAAAAUUAAAAAUGAACUUUUUCAGUGUGAAACUGAAUAAAAACAGAACACCUGAUAAAAUUCCUAUAAAAUACCAUUGGAAGUCAACAAAACAUACUUAAAUGGGACAUAAGAUAUUGUUAGUUUUGUUGCUUCUAAAGAAUGUACUGACAUUUUCUUGUUCAAAAGAAACAGAAAGAGUAAAUUGUGAGUUCAUUGCAUCAAACGGAGACCUUGAGGAUUUUUAUGAACACAUUCCAAAAUUUGGAGAAUGUACAAAGAAGUACAAUAGCUCCAGUUUUACUUUAAGACUACAGAAUUACUCGAUUCCCGGUCUUCCAAAUGGAACGUUUUCAGAUCUUGGAUCCUUGGAACAUUUUGCACUAAUAAUAGAAGACAGUUGGGUAGCGUUGCUUUCUGCACUGUCGGGAGAAUAUUCGGCAUUUCAGAAUUUGAAAUUUAAGUCCGCUGUGAUUGACGUGAGUGACUCCCACACUUUGAGCGGAUGGCAAUGGAAUGAAUUGCACAAUAUUACUCCAGAAAAAGACCGACCAUUUGAGCUCAAUUUGGUGCGAUCGAAGUUAGUUUAUUUGCAUCCUGAUUUCGGACAAGUGGCGAACAGUCGUCUGACGGCCAUUCGAAUCUUAAAAUGUCGACUGAGGUGGCUUGGAGAAAAUGUGUUCGAAAAAUUUCACGAUCUGAAAACUCUUGAACUGAGGGGUAAUGUUAUUCAAAGGAUAGAGCGGUCACACUUGCCAACAACUGCGCCGAAUUUGAAAGCAUUGGAUUUAGGGAACAACCAGUUAUCAAACCUUCCGUUGAAUAUUUUCAGUGGCCUCCAUUUAAAUAAAGUUUUUCUCGAUGGUAACAACUUAAAAAUUCCGAUACAAGAAAUAGGCCAUAUUCUGCAAACAAGACCAUUACCAGUUUUUUCAGGAGUUUUAUGGCCUUGCAGUUGUGACAGUCUUCAGCAACUUUUGAAGGUGGAUUUCAAUUAUGUUCACGAGUACUGCUACAUGGAAAACUCACGCAAGGAUAUACGCUCAACGUAUCAGCAGUUUUGCAAUUAAGAUAAGAUUACCAAUUUAAAAUCCAAAAGGCAUUGAGUUCUGAAAAUCUUCGAAAUGGAUUCAUCAAACAGUGUUGGAUGUGAAAUUUCCUUAUGAAAUAUUAAAUGUUCUGAGUAAAUACUUAUUUUACAUUUUUAAGGGCUUAAACAACAUGUCAUACACGUGGUUGCUUAAAAACAAACAAACAAAAAAAAAGCUGAAAACAAUUUGCAGGAAUUAAAUUAAAUCUUAAGAUUGAAGAUUGUAGAAUUUCGCUAAUUAGCAGAAAAUGCAUUUAUUUUAGUAAUUUUCCAACUGUAGGGCAACAAACAUGUUUUAAAGGAACAUUAUUAUGAGCUGCUUCCUCUUGAUUACUUUUUAUUACUUGUUGCUUAAGUGAUUUAUUUUUUAUAGGACAUGCAUUGCAUCUGUAUUUUCAGGGAAAAUUUCCAAUAAAAAUAAGCAUAUAUUUAAUUUAUUUACUUUGUAACAAGACUUAAAGAAUCAUUGAAAUAAAAAAAAUCUUGUUCUUGUGCAAGAUGCACAAAGAUUGAAUGGAAAACUAGGUAUGCGUUCCUUUGCCAGCAUGUGGAAUAGUGGGCUUC